AGGGCGCCCAGUCCCGCCGGGUGCUGGCGACUCGGGGCGAAGCCGAGCCGGGCACAAAAGUGAACCCGGGAGGAAGAAGAGGAGGAGGAGGAGGAGGAGGAGGAAGAGAAGGAGCAGGAGCAGGAGGAGGAGGCGGCGGGGCUGGGCUCGCAGGAUGGCGGCGGGGUGGCGGGUGCUGGCGGCGCUGCUGGCGGCGGCCCUGGCUCGCUGCUACAACGUGGACCUGGGGCUCCCGGUGGUCUUCCAGGGCCCCAACGGCUCCUUCUUCGGCUACUCGGUGUUGCAGCACUACCACGACAGCACCCGGUGGGUCUUGGUUGGAGCUCCAAAGGCAGACUCUAAAUACAGCACCUCUGUUCAGUCCCCAGGAACAGUGUUUAAAUGUCGAGUCCACACCAAUCCUGACAGAAGAUGCACAGAGCUGGAUAUGGGUCGAGGCAAUUCUCGGGGCAUGCUCUGUGGAAAGACCUGUAAAGAAGACAGAGAUGAUGAAUGGAUGGGUGUGAGCCUGGCUAGACAGCCUAAGGCUGGUGGAAGUGUGCUGGCCUGUGCACACCGCUGGAAAAACAUCUACUAUGAGACAGAAUACAUCCUGCCCCAUGGCUUCUGCAACAUCAUUCCCCCUAACCUGCAGCCCAGCGGGCGGAAGCUCUUGCCCUGCUAUGAAGAGUACAAGAAGAAGUACGGGGAGGAGCACGGCUCAUGCCAGGCGGGGAUCGCGGGCUUCUUCACCGAGGAGCUGGUCAUCAUGGGGGCACCAGGAUCUUAUUACUGGACAGGAACAGUCAAAGUACUGAAUCUCACUGACAACAUGUAUUACAAGCUGAAUGAUGAUGCUGUAAUAGCCAGGCGUUACACCUACCUUGGAUAUGCGGUGACAGCAGGUCAUUUCUCUCAGCCAACUACCACGGACGUUGUGGGAGGAGCUCCCCAGGAUGGAGGCAUUGGAAAGGUUUAUAUUUUCAGAACAGACAGACGAUCAGGGUCUUUGGUAAAGAUUUUUCAGGCUUCAGGAAAAAGGAUGGGCUCUUACUUUGGCUCCUCCUUAUGUGCAGUUGAUCUGAACUCUGACGGGCUGUCAGACCUGCUGGUCGGAGCGCCUAUGUUUUCUGAGAUCAGAGAUGAGGGUCAAGUCACAGUCUAUAUCAACAGAGGAAAUGGAGUGCUGGAUGAGCAGCUUGUCCUGGAUGGUGAUGGUGCCUACAACGCGCACUUUGGGGAGAGCAUGGCUGCCCUUGGUGAUAUUGACGAUGAUGGGUUUCCAGAUGUUGCCAUUGGGGCGCCUAAGGAGGAUAACUACAUAGGAGCAGUUUAUAUUUAUCAUGGAGAUGCCAAUGGUAUUGUACCCAAGUACUCUAUGAAGCUGUCUGGGCAAGCGAUAAACCCGAUGCUGCGCAUGUUCGGCCAGUCCAUAUCGGGGGGAGUCGAUAUGGAUGGCAAUGGCUACCCUGAUAUGACUGUUGGAGCCUUCUUGUCAGACAAUGUGGUACUCCUAAGAUCCAGACCUGUCAUCACCAUGGACAUCUCCAUUUUUCUGCCAGCAUCCAUCAAUAUCACAGCUCCUCAGUGCCAUGAUGGCUUGCAGCCUGUGAACUGCCUCAAUGUCACAGCAUGCUUUCGCUUCAGUGGCAAGCAUGUCCCUGGAGAAAUAGGUCUGAAUUAUAACCUGACUGCUGAUGUGGCAAAGAAGGAAAAGAGCCAGCAACCCAGAGUUUACUUUGUGAGUUCUGGAGAGACAGUGGGACAGGUCACAGAGAAGUUACAACUGUCAUACAUGCAGGAAAAGUGCGAGCAUUACCUAGCAUAUGUCAAGAGAAGAGUCAAAGAUGUCAUAUCUCCAAUUGUAUUUGAAGCUGCCUACAGUCUUGGGGAACAUGUGCUAGAAAGAGGUAAAGAGGACAAGGAACUACCUCCUCUCAAGCCCGUUCUCCGCUGGAAGAAAGGACAAAAGAUAGCACAAAGGAAUCAGACUGUUUUUGAGAGGAACUGUCAAUCUGAUGACUGUGCUGCUGAUUUGAAACUUCAGGGUAAAUUACUGCUAUCUAGUGUUGAUGACAGGACUGCCUACCUGGCCCUGGGAGCAGUGAGGAACAUCUCCCUUAACAUUUCCAUCUCUAACAUUGGGGAUGACGCCUAUGACACCAAUGUUUUCUUCAACUUUUCUGGGGAGCUCUUCUUCAUCAAAAUGUGGCAAAAGGAGGAGCUGGGCAUUGCCUGUGAGUUGCUGGAAUCAGACUUCCUCAAGUGCAGUGUGGGAUUUCCUUUCAUGAGAUCGAAAUCUAGGUAUGAGUUCAGUGUGAUCUUUGACACAAGUCACUUGUCUGGGCAAGAAGAAACACUUACCUUCCUUGUCACUGCUCAAAGUGGAAACCUAGAACGCACCGAGUCUCUGCAUGAUAAUACUCUAACCCUGUCAGUGCCCCUGAUGCAUGAAGUGGACUCAUCUAUCAAUGGAGAAGUCUUUCCUACUUCCUUUUUCUAUGGUGAUUCUGUGGAAGCAUCCAACUUUAUUCAACUGGAAAACCACGAAUGCCUUUUCCAGUCUCUCAACUUCACACUGCAGGUUUACAAUGCUGGACCAAGCACUCUGCCUGGUGCUUUUCUUGACAUUUCAUUUCCAAAUCGCCUUUCUGCUACUGGAGCUGAAAUAUUUCAUGUUCAGCAGAUGAUGGUUGGUCAGGACAAAGGAAACUGCUCUUUCCACAGAAACCGUAGUCCUUGUGUGGUUCCUCAAGAGAAUGAAAAUAUUUUCCACACAAUAUUUGCUUUUUUCACAAAGUCUGGCAGAAAAGUAUUGGACUGUGAAAGACCAGGCAGGUCCUGCUUGAUUAUACGCUGCAACUUAAGUUCACUAGCAAAAGCAGAGUCUUGUGAUAUAAGUAUUUACACACUGCUGAACACAGAAAUACUGAAGAAGGACAGUUCAUCAGUCAUCCAGUUUGUCACAAGGGCGAGGGUGCAGGUGGACCCUGACCUCAGGGUUGUAGAGGUGCCCAAUGGGAGUCCAGAAGAAAAACCAGUGGUCUUUGAGGCUCUACACAAUCUGGAGCCUCGUGGAUAUGUAGUCGGAUGGAUCAUUGCCAUCAGUUUGCUGGUGGGAAUUCUCAUCUUCCUGUUGCUGGCUGUGCUGUUAUGGAAGAUGGGCUUCUUCCGCCGGAGGUACAAAGAAAUUAUUGAAGCUGAAAAGAACAGAAAGGAAAAUGAAGAUAGUUGGGACUGGGUCCAAAAAAAUCAGUGAACUGCCCACAAAAAUGGAAAGUCCAGUCAUGUGACACACCCUUGCUAGCCUAUAGGUCCUGCUCUCGUAUCUUCCAUAUGUGGAAGAAGGAAUCUUCUCCAGAUUUUUCGGAGGCCCCAUUGAUGCUGUGUCAUUAUCACUCUAACAAGCUAGGGAACGUAUCCUAAGGCAACCACUGUGGCGAUGUCGGGUGACUGGAGCAAUUUACACUUCAUAUAAGAGCUGAACUUUGAACUUUGGUAACCAAGCUGCAGUGCAGAGUAAUAUUUAUGAAUCCAACUCUGUGGUAUACCCUCAGGGGAAGACUGUUACCUAAAAAUAUUUUUUAUAAAUAUAAGCUUUUUAUAUUGAUUAUGUCUUUAUAUUUGUAUCAAUGUUUUAUAGUUUCUAUUGAAUAGCUAUAUAGUUCACUCAAGCACUGAUAUCUGGCUAAAUCCUUGGAAAUACAUAUAUGUAUAUAUAAAUCCUAUUGUACUUUUAAACUUCAAUGCAAGAGACAAGAAAGAUUUUCAGAUAAAAGUAGCUGGAAAUGUCAUAUGCUUAAUUCACAAGGUUGGUAAUAUUGUAUAUAGACCAUUUAAUGGCAAUAGGCCAAAAUCUUUUCUCUGUCUCUUUUUUGAGUUGAAUUUGGUGUUUGAUUUAUAAACUAAACAACCUUAAGCAUUAUACAUAUGUGGUGUUCUGUAUUUGAGUCUAUGCUUCACCAGCCUAAAUGGGAGAGGAUGAAAAUGUUUUCUUGGUGACAUGUAGCAAGACUUGUAGCUCACCUUGUAUCACUAAAAUAUCACUAAUGUUUUCCUUUUGGAGGUUUUCUCUUGCAAUCUCUAGUAUUGUGGUCUAGGACUGGACAGUUGAGGUACCAAAAGGAUGUAAUUGGGCGAAGUACUGUGGCAUUGAUAAAGUCCUUGGAAUUAAUAAAAGAAAAAAAAAAAAAAAAAGAAAAAAAAAAAAAGAUGGAGCCUUAUUAAUGUUAAGAAGGGUUUUUUAAGCUACUGUCAAUGAUUGUGACCUGUUGCUGAUAAAGCAAGAAAGCAAGUGAUUAAUUAAUGCAAGCUAUGAUCAUGCUAUGAUGCCUUGUGAGUUUUAUACACCAGUAACGAGACUCUUUUUUGCCAUAUGUCUUCAAAAAGCUCUUGAAUUUUUGACUAGAAACAGUGGAAUUCUGUGAAAACUUCAUUUUAGAUUUUAUUUGUACUUUGCAAUCUGUGUAAAUGCGAAGUAAUUGUGUUAGUGUAAAAUUCAUCUAAGGGAAAGGAGGAUCAAGUUCUAUGAUAGAAGAUGAAGGAUUAAUGGGAGUGAAUGGUGGCAGGACAUGUUUCCUCACAUAAGGGUAAAGUAAAAGAACUGCUGGAUGUUUGGAAACCUGAAUAUAGGGCACAUGCAAGAAAUCUGUCUUUAAAAAAAAUAACCUGCUUCCAGUUUGUGUUGUCCCCCCUUCCCCCACCCCCCACCCCCUCCCAGCAUUAAUUGCCUCCUAUCUCCUAUUCCUACAGUACUGAUCGUUAUUAACUUAACUGUCUGCACCCAUUAGGCGGAAGAUGGUUCUUAAAUGAAUGAAGCAUAUCAAUUUGUAUGACCAAAAAAAAAAAAA